AUGAGGUCUGGUUUGAUUAAGUUACGUACCAUUUGGACUUUUAUUAAGUCUCGACCUAUAAUUGGUAAACUUAUCACUACAAAAUAUUGGUUUGGUAAAUGGGAUCCAGGAAAUUCAUCUUUGUUGUAUUUUACCAAUCUUUUAAUGGGUAUAAUAAAAAAAAUAAUAACAACUUACAAAUUACCAAAUAUUCUAACACAUUUGUCAACUAUUCAGCUUUUUUCCAAAUUUAAUGAAGAAUGGUAUGAUGCAUCAAGUAGGGUUGAUGAGAUUGCUUUAACAAUUUUAAAUUCAUCAUCACCGUCGCCGUCGUCAUCAGAUUUCUUUGUUUUAAUAUAUUCAAAUCGUAGUGCUAGCUAUUAUCAAUGCUCACAAUGGCAAGAAGCGGUAGACGAUGCAAAUCAAGUUAUAAGGAUUAGAGCUGAUUGGCAAAAAGGAUAUUUUAGGAAGGCGGAAGCACUUGUAAAACUUGAAAAAUAUGACGAAGCGAUUGAAAAUUAUUAUAAUGCAAAAUUAAAGGAUCCACAAAAUCACCAAAUAUCUUUAAGAAUUGCAAAGACAUUAAUAUUAAAGGAUAAUAAAGCAAUGGGAUUGGCAAUUUAUACACUUGUACCGGGUCGAGAUAUUUGCCUAUCAAAAAACUCUUCAAUGAUAACGAGCCCAAUACAAAAAAAAAUUCAUGAGUUUGCAAUAGAAAUGAAAAAUCUUAUUCAUCUGAUAGUAGAUGUCGAAACUAAAAAGUGUGUUGUAAUAGACGCUUGUUGGGAUAUUGAUGGGAUUUUAAGAUUUAUUAGAAAGAAAGAUUUAAAUUUAGUUGGUGCAAUUGUAACCCAUUAUCAUUUUGAUCAUGUGGGAGGUUCACCACCGCCUCCGUACAAUCAACUGCCAAUAAAAGUUUCGGGUCUUUACACCCUAAUGAAACGAGCACCAACAAUAUCAUGCUACAUAAAUACACUAGAUCUCCCAUAUGUUCUAAAAUCAAAUCCUAAUCUUUUAGAAUUCCAACAACCACAACAUAAUCAUCGUAUAAUACCCACCACGAAUCAAUUCAUAUUACCGUUAGGUAAUCUAACAUUAUUGAGAUUUUUGCAUACACCAGGUCACACUGAAGGAAGUCAAUCAGUGUUGGUGAAUGAGACAAGGUUGUUUACGGGUGAUGUGUUGAUGUGUAGUUGUAGUGGUAGGGUUGAUUUGCCAGGUGGUAAUCAAAAAGAGAUGAAAAAAACGUUGAGAGAACGAUUGGCUCGGUUGGAUGAUCGUGUUAUCAUUUAUCCGGGUCAUGAUUAUGGUGGUGAUUGGACUACUGUUGGACUUGAAAAAAGAAAAGGUGUUAUUGGUAGAUUAAAAAAACAUUUGAGUGUCUAA